UUUUGACCUCGCGUUCCCACCCUAUUACUUAGUGGAUGGUUGGUCAACAUGCGAGGAAAUGAAUUUAUUACCUUUUGUCAAUUGAGACUUGUUCAACUUUGUGGCAGCGAUGGGCAUCUAAGCAACUCAGUUGUUGAAGCGGUUAUGAAGAGGCUCGAGACAAGACAAAAAAUGUGACUGCAGAAUUCGUCGGAAUGGAUGAUCAAAUAGCAGACAUAAACAAUUUAUUAGACAUCGACCGCCAUGACUGGAAGAUUAUUGGCAUUUAUGGGAUAAGUGGUAUUGGUAAAACAACAAUUGCCAAAAUCAUCUACAACAAAUUACUUCCUCAAUUUGGAAAAUAUUGCAGCUUUCUUGAAGCCAUAGGGGUAACGGCAGAAGCCAAUGGCUUAGUCAAGUUUCAACAACAACUUUUUUCCGACAUCUACAAUCCUAAAGGGGUUCGCAACAUUGGUAACAGUGAUCAUUUGAUCAAUAAUAUUAGAGAAACAAUUAGCAAAAAUAAGGCACUAAUUGUUUUGGAUGACGUGAAUAAGAGCAACCAAAUCCAAGAGCUAAUUGGAACACAUUUGUUUCCUGGUACUAGGAUACUCAUUACCACUAAGGACAGAGGGGUUCUGACCAACAGAGUAUUUCCGGUGAUCAAGCCCUAUGAAAUGGAGGGGUUGAACUACAAAGACGCACUUCAACUUUUUUGUAAGCAUGCCUUCAAUAAAAACUCUCCUGCACCCGGUUACGGCACUCUUCCAAGAGAUAUUGUCCAUCGUGUGGGUGGACUACCUCUAGCUCUUCAAGCAAUUGGUUCAAUGCUUUAUGGUCAGCAUGGGAAAGAAAAAUGGGAAAAGCUGCUGACGGAUCUAAGGAAAAUGCCUAAUGAUGAUGUCGCGAAAAAGCUACAACUUUCCUAUGAUACCUUGAGCCCAGCUCAACAGAAAAUAUUUCUUGAUAUUGCAUGUUUUUUCAUCGGUUCUAAUAAGAGAGAUCCAAUCUACAUGUGGGAAGAUCUUGGGUUUCGACCAGACAUUGCUAUUGACGUCCUUCGCAAUAGGUGCAUGAUAAAGGUUUUAGAUAAUGAUACAUUUUGGAUGCAUAAUCAGUUUAGAGAUCUUGGAAGGACAAUCGCUAGUCAAGAGCAAAGUAGGCUGUGGGCUAAAGAGGACAUCGUUCGCCAAUUAGGGUCCAAAGAGAUUAACAAAAGCAUUAAAGCACUCCAUUUAGGGUCACGAAAACAACGUCGAAUGACUGUCACUGCUCAGCAAAUUGAACGGUUCCCAAAUCUCCAGCUGCUGAGGUUGCGGAACAUAACCUGUCGAGGCAACUUUGCAGGUUGUCUUUCCCAGUUGAGAUGGAUCCAUUUGCGUUACAACUAUGAAUACUGCCAACGUCAUCCGCAGUUUAUGGCAACCAACUUGCAUCUAAAAAAUGUGGUUGUGAUGUACAUUGGUGGCAAUGAGUGGACAGACAAUGCCGUCAGGAGCCUAAUCCAGGGGGCAAGGAAAUUAAAGAGUUUAGCUCUCCAAAAUGCUCACUCGUUGAAUAGGACACCAACCUUUUCCGAACAGUUAGUUUUAGAGAAGUUGACUAUUUAUGAAUGCAGAUGUUUGAAGGCAAUUGAUGGCUCUAUUGGGAAAUUGAGGCGGUUGACUAAUUUGAGUGUCAAGUCUUGUAAGGCACUUGAAAAUUUGCCUGAACAAAUUGGCCAACUAAAGGAUCUUGAGCACCUCUCUCUUAGGGAAUGUAGCAUGUUGAGGGAACUCCCUGACUCUAUUUCAAAAUUGGGGUCAUUGAAGAAUCUGGAUGUAUCAUUCACGAGCAUUACAAGAUUACCGGGAUCCAUUAGUAGACUACGAAGCUUGUCAUCUCUCGAUGUAUCACACACAAAAAUAGUGAAAUUGCCUAGGACAAUGAGCAAGCUUAGUCAACUUUAUACACUGGACCUAGAUGUUUGUCGACAGAUCCAAGAGUUGCCAGAGCUCCCCGAAAGAUUGACCAGUCUAAAGCUUAGAUCUGAUUCAUUGCAAACUAUCCCUGACCUCUCAAAUCUUACUAAUCUAGUUGAAGUGCUCUUAUCCGAUGCCUCAGAACUUAAAGAAGAAUCACACAUAACUCAACCUCGUGACUUCCCGCGUUUUGGGAGGCUAUCCCAACUGAGGAAGCUGGAGCUGUGCCUUUUAAAUGUCCACGCAACGUCUACAAAGUGGGGUUCCCUUUUUGCACUGGAAGAACUUACUCUCCAUGGACUAGACUUCCAAAGGCUGAAACAACUUCCGUCAAACUUGAGAGUUCUACUGCUUUUUAACAUUCAGGUGGAAAAAGCAGAAUUUGAUGGGCUUCCUCAGUUGGAAACGUUGAAUAUCAAACGGUGUGAACUCGUCACAAGUAUAUCCAUUACAUCAAGUUUGGGAAAACUGAGAGAAACCAAUGUGGAUUCUUGCAACAAGCUAGUUGAAAUUCAAUUUCUUGGUGUCUUAGAAUCAAUGGAGAGCUUAUUUAUUGAUCACUGCAAAUCUUUGGAGAGGUUAGUUUGUCUGUCGGAGGAGCCAGGGUGCAAUGAGCAACAAGCUCCCGAGUUGACUGAUGGGAGGAGAGUGUCCCUUGUCUCAAGCUCCCUAAAGAUGCUUCAAAAACUUUAUCUGUCCAGGUGCCCAGAGCUACGGGAGAUUCAUUUUUUCCCAGUGUUGGAAGCAUUGAGACAAUUUUCUGUUCGUGAGUGCAUUUCGUUAAAAAGGUUUGGCAAUUUGUCAAACUUGAAGAAUUUGAAGUCUUUAGAUAUUCAAGUGUGCAAGAACCUGGAGGCUGUUGAGGGCAUCAACGAGUUAGAAUUUUUGCAUUCAUUGCAUAUUGCUCGAUGCAGAUCAAUGAAAAUGAUUUUUGAUACAUCAAGGUCAAAAAUACCAAAUUAUUGCGGCAUAAUAGUAAGGGAUUGUAGGAAUUUUCCCAACACUCAUUCACGUAAUGUAAGCGAUUGGAGGUCUUACAGAGAGAAGAUUCUGUUUGAAGAAAAAAGAUCGAUAAAUAGAGAACGGUUUUGUCAUGACGAGUACCCCGGAGUUCUAAUUUCUGAUGUUAAAAAAUUAGAGAGACUUAUGGGCAGUUGGAGAAGUAUAUGUUCGGCGGCCAGGACCUCAAUUAUAAACAUGAAAAAAAGAGAGAAAAGGAUAGAGUCCGCAAAAGCAGAAGAGAGACCGCUCUCUGAAAAAGUUCUCAAAAAGGUUUUGUUUCAAGCAAGUCCCUGAAGAAGGCGAGCAAUUUACCCUCAGCUCACGAGCAGCUCAUAUCUUUGUCGAGCCGUGCAUGUCGAGUGCCGUUUUCCGUAACAUGGCCAGCAUUUUCGUUUCAAAUUUUUCGGAUUUGACCCAAUUGCACGUGCCACCCGCGUGCAACUGGAUUAAAAUGAAAUGGCUAACGUUGAAAAGACAAAUGAAAGCUAGGUUCUUCGAGUCAGCACCAGCAGAGCCAAGGUUGUUUGCUUCACCCGACUGGAAAUGGAGGUCGACGGUGGAGUGUGGAAGGAGGGCAAUGGUGCGGACGACUUGGAUCGAAGCUAACCCUGCGAGGCGAUUACAUGCAUGUCCAACACUUGGUGUCUUAGAAUCGAUGGAGAGCUUAUGCUUGUUGGCUGCAAAUAUAUCCGGAGGUUGGUUUGUCUGUCGGAGCUACAAGCUCCCGAGUUGAGUUAUGCUUGGGAGGAGAGUUCCCUUGUCUCGAACUCCCUAAAGGUGCUUCAAGUACCUGCUGUCGGGGUGCCUACAGCUACUGGAGAUUCAACUUAUUUCUACCUUAAUAUCAUUGUAAAAAUUUUAUGUUGGUUGACACCAAGGAAUGACCAACUCUUGAAAUUGAAGAGUGGCAAGCUCAGUCGACGAGAACAAAGCUUGAUCAAAACAUAAGUCACCAGCGAAUAAGGCAAUCGAUAAGUUGAAGUGGAUCAAUGAGGGCCUUCACCGGUCGAUGAGAUUCAUUGACAGCCAACGAUUGCAUAUUUUGCUUAGUGCUUAGCGUCUUCCAAGGUUCUUUUCCCUUUUGUUUUCUUUUUCAAAUGUGCUUCUCUUCCCUUCUCUUUGCUUUUUGAUGAUAGAUCUUUCACCAAUCUCAAUUUCCGUCAUCAACAACCAGAUUGUUCGUCAGGUUCAGCUCUGUUCCUAUGCCCUGCAUUUCCUUGUAAAGUUGGUAGCUGAGCACUACGACCGGGUGAUCGCCGCUAAUGCAAGCACGGCCCAGCUAAAAUGUGCGAUGCAGCAUUUAAGGGUCAUUCACACCCCAAGGACGAAAUCGUGACCUCAAUCAGAGGAGAAAAUUCAGUGGAUUUCAUUACAGUGGCUCAAGCAGUCCACUCGUUCGACUCCCCAAUUUCUCUCCCUCGUGACCCAUCUGCUCUGAAAGCCGGGAGGCGUGUGUGAUGCUUCAGUGAUGUUGAAGUGAGCCUUACACAUGAUCCAGUCAUGAAACGCUCCCACGACUCCACACUGUUAUUCCGGGACCCCUAACAUAAAGCACUUUCCCAUUUGAGAGUGUGGAGUUGGGAUGCGAAGGCAAGCAUUGCCACUUGAUAUACCGAAGGAGCCUCUUUCAGAGAGUUUUUUAGGAUGUCAAGGUCAUGGUCCGCAGCUACUAUAGCUAAGGAACAAGGUGUUGAUUAGUUAUCCAAGGCGUGGUGAGAGAGCUUAAGGAGGCAUGGGUGGUCCUGAUUUGGUCCAGUGCAUUGUGUAAAAGGCUUUCAUGCUUGCCGGCACAGUAUAAGCUGUAAAUUUCUGUGUCCUCUUUCGACUCCAUUAGGAUAGAACUGAACACGAAGGACAGUUCAAAUGAUCUUUCUAGUUGCCAAUUUUACAAGCUCAGACAUUGUGCUGAGCUGAUAGGCAGAUACUCUAUCUCUGUCAAGCAUGUCAGACUUGGCUUCUUUUCUCCUUCGAUAGAGGUGGCAAAAUGACUAUGAUUAUUAGUUCAAAGAGUAUCGAACGCACACAUCCUGCCGGUUUCAAGGUCCAGGAGCGAAACAACCCCAGUUUUUUCGUCCAUUUUGGUUCUUAUCA